AUGGCUCCAGCCCUCCCAUCCCCUGAUUCCUCGUCGUCAAAGCGGCUUGUGUCCGCUUCGGCAUUCAACUUCUCCCUGGGAUCCAAGUCCACCAAGAAACCACGCACUAGUGUAACGACGGGAGUACCCCGACCUACAGAUGGUCACAAUCUCCCGCGGUCGGAAGCCAAGGAGCCUGCGUUUUCGGAGGACGAUGGAAGUAGGAGCACCAAGUCGGUACUGGACAAGGGAAGUGAACGUUCUGAGUGGUCAUCUUCAGGGAGACGGGGGGUUUCCGAUCUAUCCUCAGCCAAGUCGCCAGCCAUUGAAUGGCCAGUACAAGACGGGAGGAAUAUGGCGGAUUUACGGACGUCUCCUGUUAACCUCGGAUCUUCCAGCUCCACAGCAUCUAUAAGACAGCCUCCCCGGUUCUUGUCGCCUUCCAUUCCACGGGGCAAUAGGCCUACCUUGGGCUCUUCGAGCCUCGUGCCCCUCAGCCUCCGAGCCCUGCCAGCCGCUCAGCCGUAUAACUCUAGAUCUGGUACAAAAGGCAAAGACUUUACGCCCGUCACGGCGCCCUUUGAACGGGUAAUCAAACGAGAACCUCUCGAAGACGAAAAGAAAAUGUCUCUGGUGAGACUAGGCGAAACGAGGCUGUCAGAUAAGAUGACGGAGGAUAUUAUUAUGAGGAAGAAGGUGGUGGUUGCAGAAGAAGAUGAAGGGGUGGGCGUCUCGCCAAGAGGGAAAAGGGUUACCAAUUGGCCUAGCGCUCGAGCCAUGCCAUCAUCGGUCCAGCUUGCCAACCUGCUAUCCUCUGCCAAAGCUUCACAAACUCUCUUCUACACCUCCCUUCAGAACGCUCUCUUCCCCGCUUCUCGCUUGGCGGGACGCAAACGACCCGAUGAUGAUUUCCAGUCGUCCCAUUUGACGGCUGGGCAAUACAUCCACCAAUCGGCUGCUACCAUUCUUUACCCGGUGGAAGCGAUUGGGCAGGUGCAUGGUACACUCUUCUUUUGGUGUGACAUUCAUCCACAAUUUUCACCCACCCAAGAGCGUCCAGAGCCUAAGCGUGUAUUGGCGGUGCUUCAGCCCUGGGCUUGGGACGGUCCAAGGCUUGGGGUCGACCCGCAGUUGAUGCGUUCAAGGAUGCUAGAGGGGACUGGAAAAAGGUGGUUGGUUGGUGUCUGGGCUGCGAACCCUAUCGACAUGACGAUGUCCGGCGACAUAUCAGGCAAGGCGCUCAUGGUUACGAGAUAUCUCAUAGCGGAACAGGAUGUCACAUAA